AAGAAUAACUGUUUGCAGAGAAUAUGACGAUUGAUGAUGUUGUUGUCGAUGCUCUCCCUUACAUAGAUCAUGGAUAUGAUGAACCUGGAGUCAGGGAGGCUGCCCUUGCUAUGGUUGAGGAUGAAACUAGAAGAUACAGACCAACCAAAAACUAUUUGGAACAUCUACCAGCUCUGAAUUUGGGAUCGUUUGAAACCUCGUUGAUGAAGAAAGAGUUUGACCGGCUAGCUGCUAGACAACCAAUGGACACACUCAGUAUGAAGAGAUAUGAACUGCCAACACCUCCUGCCGGUAAAAUGACUGAUGUUCAGGCUUGGACUGAAUGUGUGGAUAACUCCAUGGCGCAGUUGGAACAUCAGAGAACAAGAAUUCUAAAUCUGGAUCUUAUGCUCGAAUAUGGAGGUGAGAGCUGGAAGAUUUACAAUGAUGUUUUACAAGAUCUAUUAAAUAAAGUUCAGACACAACUUGGGGAAGUUAAAAAGGAAAUACAGGAAGUAAACUGGUCAAGGAAGAAUCAACAGACACAAGUUGGAGAUAAGCUGAAGCAGCUUGAAUCUGACUGGGUUGGUCUUGUCAGUAAGAACUACGAGAUCGAGCAGGCACUUCUCACCAUGGAGUACGAGUACUCUAUCCUAGUGAAGCAACACACCAUGUAGUUCUGUACACUGUACCUGCAAUAUUCCCGCAUUUUCUCAGUUAAACGUCAAUCGACGUUUUCUUUUUUUAAUUAAUUAUUCAUCUAAUUUUUGUACCUGGUUUCAGA